CACUGGUCUAGUUGCUCAGCAAGCACCUGUCACCUGCCAAACAACGUGAGAAAGCAUUUAGUCUGAUUCAGCUUAAUUAUUGGCAAGAUGGCUGCAAGUAAAGCUAAUGGAGAAUCGAAUAAAUUGGAUGCAAAACUCACCCCGCUUAUCUGCCCCAUUACGUACAGUGCUCAGCUACCCGUUCCUGAAAUUGGCUGCAAGUUUUUGCCUUGUGCCAAAACUCUGUUGGACUAUACGGAAAAGCCCAUUUCUUUUCCUGAGCUGGAGUCGCAAUAUAGUCAACAGUUUAAGGGUCUUCACAUGCUUCUUGAUAUCGAUUUGCUCAACCUGAAUGCCUACGAACAGAGUGCUGGGGGGCCAACCGAAAUGGAUCCCAGGGAUGCAGCCCUCCUGGCUGACAUUGAGCCACUGACUGUGACAAACAAAAUGCCAAAGGCUUUCAAUAGCAUUCCCAAAGGCGCUCGGGAGUGUCCCGCCCCAGGCUCACAGCGAAUGCAGCCAGAUUCACUGCCUCCAGAUCUGGGCUUGCUCAUGCACAAGCUAAAAGCAGCCUCGGACAGCCACGCCCUACCCGUUCUCGUGUCGCCCAUUGCUCCCUCAAAUGGGACGCUGCAGAUGAAAUUUGGUGUUGCGCCAAGCAACAAGCGACUGAUGAAGGCCAACGCCAACGAGGAUUUUGAAUCCCUGCCUCAGCAUUUUAAGGAAAAGGUUAAACAAGGCCUGCCACCAUCUUUAAUGCCCGAGGAACAUAACGCUGAACGAGAAGACCAAAAAUCCAAAAAGCAUAUCAAGGUCAAACGUGCCAAGGAUAAGAAAUAAACCAAGAAAUUGGAGUAACAAUUCAUAUUGUGGCAUUAAACGCGAAUAUGUAAAAUAAUGCAAUAUUCAAUUGUACCUAUUUAUCGGAUUUGCUGUGCAUCAUUUCUAUUAAAAA